AUGAGUGAGAGAGACAGGUUGUUGAGCAUUCCUAAAUUUGAUGGCGAUUAUGAAUACUGGGCUAUGCUCAUGGAAAAUCUCCUAAGGUCGAAGGAGUGGUGGAGCUUGAUCGAAACCGGGUACACACGACCAGAGAGAGGUGUGAUCCUAACAGGACCACAGAGAGAGGAGCUGGCUCAAUCGACACUCAAAGAUCUCAAGGUAAAGAAUUACCUCUUUGCGUCGAUUGACAAAAACAUUCUCAAGACCAUCUUGAAGAAAGAUACGGCGAAGGAUCUGUGGGAUUCCAUGAAGAGGAAAUAUCAGGGAAACGAAAGAGUGCAAAGUGCACAACUGCAGAGAAUGAGGAGAAACUUUGAAAUUCUCGAGAUGAAGGAGGGAGAGACUAUCACAGAGUAUUUUUCUCGUGUGAUGAUGGUGGUUAAUGACAUGAGGAAUCUCGGAGAAGAUAUGCCGGACUCCAAAGUUGUUGAGAAGAUCUUGAGAACGCUUGUGGAGAAAUUCACAUACGUGGUGUGUGCGAUAGAGGAGUCGAAGGACAUCAAAGACAUGUCUGUUGAUGGAUUGCAGAGUUCAUUGAUGGUGCACGAGCAGAAACUCACCAGACAUGUCAGUGAAGAUCAAGCUCUGAAGGUGGAAGGAAGAUGGAGAUCAGAAGGAGGAAAUGGCCGCGGAGGUUAUCAAUCUCGGGGAAGAGGACGAGGUGGAUACCAAGGUCGUGGCAGAGGAAGUACAAGCACCUCAAAGGAGAUGAUUGAGUGCUACAAGUGUCACAAAAUGGGUCAUUACAAGAACGAGUGUCCUGAGUGGGAGAAAAAAGCAAACUAUGCUGAACUCGAAGAAGACGUACUGCUCAUGGCGUAUGUCGAGACUUUGAAGGAAGAAGGAGAACACAUGUGGUUCCUUGAUUCUGGUUGCAGCAACCACAUGUGUGGUGUUAGAGAGUGGUUUGUGGAUUUUGACGAAACAUUCCGUCAAAACGUCAAACUCGGAGACGAUCGGAGAAUGAUGGUGGAAGGAAGAGGAAACCUCCGAUUGGAAAUCAAUGGAACUAUCCAACUGAUUUCUUCUGUCUACUAUGUCCCAGGGCUCAAAAGCAAUCUGAUGAGCAUUGGACAACUGCAGCAGAAGGGUUUGAGGAUCGUUAUUGAUGAAGAUGUGUGUGAAAUAUGGCACAAAGAACAGAGAAGGUUAUUGAUGAGAUCGGUGAUGUCGAAAAACAGAUUGUUUGUGGUUCUCGCUGCAGUGAAAGAAGCUAGAGAUACAGAAGAAGGUUGCUUUCAAGUAACAGAAGAGAAGAUGGAGGACUUAUGGCACAAGCGGCUGGGACACUUGAGCCACAGCGGAAUGCAGAGCCUGGUGGAGAAGAAAAUGGUGAACGGCUUGCCUCAAUUGUCACAUAACGGAGAUGGAGGACUAUGUGACAUAUGUAUGAGAGGAAAGCAAAACCGGGAGAACAUUCCAAAGAAGAGUUCUUGGAGAGCGAGUCGUGCUCUGCAACUAGUUCACACUGACAUAUGUGGACCAAUUGCACCAACCUCUGCAAGUGGGAAGAGGUAUAUCAUUAAUUUCAUUGAUGAUUAUAGCCGUAAGUGUUGGAGUUUUCUCUUGGCUGAGAAAUCUGAGGCUUUGAGAGCCUUUAAGGAAUUCAAAGUAGCUGCAGAACGUGAGAUGGGGCUAAGCUUGGUGAGCCUUAGGUCUGACAGAGGAGGAGAAUACAAUUCUGCAGCAUUUCAAGACUACUGCAGAGAGAACGGAAUCAAACGACAACUCACAGCUGCAUAUACACCUCAGCAGAAUGGGAUUGCAGAGAGAAAGAAUCGGAGCAUUAUGAAUAUGGCGAGGUGUAUGAUGUUGGGUAUGUCAGUGCCAAGGAGGUUUUGGCCUGAAGCUGUGCAAUAUGCAGUUCACGUCUUGAACCGGAGUCCGUCUGCUGCACUUGGAGAUGUUACACCAGACGAAAGGUGGAGCAACCACAAACCAUCAGUGGAACACGUGAGAGUGUUCGGAUGUGUGGCGUAUGCUCUUGUUCCUUAUGAAAGAAGAGUUAAGCUUGAUGAGAAGAGUAUACAAUGCGUGUUUGUUGGAGUGAGUAAAGAGUCUAAGGCGUACAGACUGUACAACCCGGAGACAAAGAAGAUCAUCAUUAGCCGAGAUGUUCGGUUUGAUGAAAGCAGAAAGUGGGAUUGGGAAGAAAGCGCUCUCGACGAUGGAGUGAGAUGGGAAGAAGCGUUGACAAACUCUGAAGCUGGAGAUAGUGGUGAGAACAAUGGAGAAGAAGAAACGUUAAACCAACCAGAAGAGGUCGACCCUGAGAAUGUCAACGCACCAACAGAGGUAACUCAAGCUGAAACCACUACUGAUCAGACUGUUGCUGCAAGGGAAACGUCAGGAAGACAGAGGCAAACACCUGUAUGGAUGAAAGAUUAUGUCUCUGGAACUGCAGGAGAAGCUAGUUUCUUUGUCAUUGACGAUGAUGAGGCUCUGAUGAUGUACACAACAGCUGAAGAUCCUGAUACAUUUGAGGAAGCUGUUAAGUCUGAAAAGUGGAGAAAGGCAAUGGAGGCAGAGAUAGGCUCCAUAGAAGAGAAUCAGACAUGGGAACUCGUGGAGCCUCCUGCAGAAGCGAAAGUGAUUGGUGUGAAAUGGAUUUUCAAGACCAAAUUCAAUGAGAAAGGAGAAGUGGAUAAGUUUAAAGCGAGGUUGGUGGCAAAAGGAUACCAUCAAAGACAGGGAGUUGACUUUCAUGAGGUGUUUGCACCAGUGGCGAGAUGGGAUACGAUCCGAGCUAUCCUAGCUAAAGCGGCUCAAAAUAGUUGGAAGGUGUACCAGCUAGAUGUAAAGAGUGCUUUCCUACAUGGAAACCUGGAAGAAGAUGUCUACAUUGAGCAACCUCUAGGCUUUGAAGUGGCUGGUGAAGCAGAGAAGGUUUACAAGCUCAGAAAAGCACUCUAUGGCUUGAGACAAGCACCAAGAGCAUGGUACAGCAGGAUCGAAGGAUACUUUGAGAAAGAGGGUUUUGCGAAAUGCUAUUGUGAGCAUACACUGUUUGUAAAAACAGAGAAGGAGAAGAUCUUGAUAGUGAGUCUCUAUGUCGAUGACCUCAUCUACACUGGAAACUCUGUUGAGCUGCUUGAAGAGUUUAAAGCUUCGAUGAUGAGAGAAUUCUCAAUGACAGACCUUGGGUUGAUGAAAUUCUUCUUGGGAGUGGAAGUAGUUCAAGAUGGAUAUGGCAUCUUCAUCAACCAACAGAAAUAUGCAGUGGAGAUAUUGGAGAAGUUUGGGAUGGAGAACUCAAACUCUGUGAGGAAUCCAAUAGUUCCGGGUCAGAAACUGUCAAAGGAAGGAUCAGGGGAGACAGCAGAUCCAACCACGUUUAAACAGCUCAUAGGGAGCUUGAGGUACUUGACUGCAACCAGGCCUGAUUUAAUUUAUUCUGUGAAUCUAGUCAGCAGAUUUAUGGAGAAACCAUAUGAGGAACACAUGUUGGCUGCGAAAAGAAUCCUGAGAUACGUUAAGGGAACAACGGAUUUCGGAAUUCGUUACAAACACAAUGGAGAAGAGAAGCUAGUGGGUUUUGUAGACAGUGAUUAUGCUGGAGACAGUGAUGAUAGGAAAAGCACAUCUGGAUACGUGUUCAUGAUGAGUGGAGGAGCUAUAUCAUGGGCAUCAAAGAAGCAAGCCAUCGUAACAUUGUCAACAACUGAAGCAGAGUUUGUGGCUGCAGCAUAUGGAGCCUGUCAAGGUGUUUGGCUCAGAAACGUGUUGGAAGAGAUAAGAGCAACUCAGACAGAAGGUACAAUUCUCUACUGUGACAAUAGCUCAACUAUCAAACUCUCAAAGAAUCCGGUGAUGCAUGGAAGGAGCAAGCAUAUCCAUGUGAGAUAUCAUUUUCUACGUGACUUGGUGAAUGAAGGUACGAUACAACUUGACUAUUGUCCGACUCAAGAUCAACUCGCUGAUUUCAUGACGAAAGCUGUCAAACUUGAGACAUUUGAGAAGCUGAGGAGCAGAGUGGGAGUUUGCACGAAGGAAGUUUAA